AUGAGUGGCCAUUUUGGUGGCUGGCAAAAUUACGAAUUGUCUCGACCUCCCUUUGCACCGCCACCGUUUGACUUCUCAAGACCUCCACCACCAAUCCCAAGGCUCAUUCCGCCGCCUUUCUUUCGUCCGCCGACCUUUCAAGCUUGGCAGCAGGAGCAGAAAAUCGUCUCGGAAGAGCAAAAACCAGAGAGUGAAGACCAAAGCUGGGUUCAGCAGUGGCUUGCAAAUAGAGUAACUUCUGAAAGCAAUUGUACUAAUAGUUUAGAAAAGAUUAAGAUCUCAGAUGUCAAGCGGAAAGUUGAAUACUGGAGUGCUGUAAUUGAGGAGCUCGAAACUUUGAGCGCAGAAGAAAAUUUAACGACGGAACAAAUUCUGAAAAUUUCCACUUUGAAAGCAGAAGCAUCUGAAAUUUCGUUGUAUCUGGAAACAAACAAACCAGUGAUUGCAAAUCUGAUUGAAAAGAGGGCAAAGAAGAGAGAAAAAGAGAAAACAAAGCGAGCAAAAGCAAAACUGGCCAAGGAGAAGCUUGUUAGCAAUCGGCAGGCCAAGCACCGACAAAUCGAUGCUUGGAGACAGGAGCAGCAGGAAGAAGUGGAAAGAGCAAAAAGAGAGGAAGAAACCCGGAAGCAAGCAGAUGCUGUUCUGUGCGAAGUGCGGAGCAAACAGUCUGACGGCAAGAGUUUGAUGCAGGUCCUCGAGUCUCUGAAAAAGUUGCGCCGUUUCCGAGCCCAGACAGCGGCAGACAAGAAAAUGUACCCAAGUGAAGAGGAAAAUGAAAGAUUCGAUAGCAUCUUAGAGAAACUGGGAGAUUUGUGGCAGUUGCAGUUGGAUGAGUACGCUAAAGAGGAACAAACUCUGAGGGUCAUGAUGGAUGAGGAAAAGGUCAUUCGUCGGCAGAAGCAAGAGCCUUCUGCUUUCGAGACCAAUCUGGAGCUCUGGCUCAGAACUUUGUUUGGAAGAGGUUCUGAUUGUACUUCAGAUUAUGAGCAUUUCUUCCAUUUGAGUGCCGAGAAAGACCCAAACACACUUAUUAGUGUCAGGCAAUGUUGGGAUCAAUUUUUGGCGCCAGCAGGAAGUCCAAUGGCCAGUUCGCUACCUGUAGGUUGGGUCGUGCCUUGCAAGCCAUCAUCAGCAGACUGGGAGACUCUUUUGGAGUCGAGACAAAAAUAAUGAAGCUUAGAAAAUUUUUAUGAUUAACUAAACUUAAUAAUGUUAACUGAUUUAAAAUUGUGCUAUAUCGGCUUGAAUAAAAUGAGAUUAUCCCUUAAAUAUUUUUUCUUAAUGUAAAAUAACUUUAUUAAAAUACAUAAUAAUCC